AUGGUCUCCAAGCUUAAUCCGAUGUACGCCCUGAAAAGCGCCCGCCCACUGCAGAAGACCCUGGCUGUUGACUGGCAGGACGGCUUCUCCACCCACUUCGCCUACGUGUGGCUCCGCGACAACGGACACCGCCGGCCAUCCCUCAUCCACCUCGACCUCCACACGAAGCCCGAGGAUGUCGGCUGCAAAGAUGGAGCCGUCAGCAUCACGUGGCCACCUUUCCUUAAUGCGAUGUAUACUUCACGAUUCUUGAGGGAUCACGCGAACAUCAAGCCAAUCCACUCGACGACGUGCCCUGUCACGAAGAAGGUCCUCCAAGUCCCAUGGCGUAUCGAGCAUCGCCCCGUCGCCGAAGACAACGUCUGCAUGGCCUCGACAAGCUGGGGGAGCAACGCCGUCGAGCACGGCACCGUGUUCCCCCAUCUGAUGAGCGUCCCCUCCAUCGUCACCCUCGACACCGACUGGGCCGACGCCCAGGUCAACCUCAUCGAUGGGGUGCAGUGCUUGUCAGAAAUGUCGUACACGUACCCAGAAGAGUUCCGCUUCCUCCGAAAGCUGUUCAUCGAGUACGAGAAUGGCAUCUUCCGGGCCGCACACCCGAUUAUGAAUAUUGAACACGAGCGAAUCACUGGGGUGUGUUUCAACAACGAACUUCGCUCCCCCGAACUCACCACCGAAAGCAUCGAAGCCUUCUACACGAGCCUCAAGGUUUUCCAUCGCAUCUGCUGCGACCACACGCACACCAUCACCCUGCAGCCCCAGCAACGAAUUGUCGUCGACAACUCGCAGACCUUCAUCGGCGCCCCUCCCCAAUACGGUCGCCGCGUCAACGUCAAGAUUUUCAAC